CUACAGUGACUUAUGAUAGCUGAACGCGGCCAGUGCGUCAGCUGGUUGGUUCCUCGAUAUUGGGCCUCAACGUUACAAUAACCAGCAACGUAAUAGUAUUGUCCUGUGUAUCUGUGAUAGCAAGAUGCUAAGUUUCAGCCGUCUGUUCGCUUCCCGGAGGAUGGUGGCCGUAGGUGUACGAAGCUGCCAGAAACACACAUUGCCUGAUCUUCCUUAUGACUACAAUGCUUUAGAACCCGUAAUUUGCGCAGAGAUCAUGCAGCUUCAUCACUCAAAGCAUCACCAGACCUAUGUCAAUAACCUCAAUGUAGCUGAGGAAAAGUUGGCUGAAGCCCAUGCUAAGGGUGAUGUAAGCACUGUGAUAUCACUGGCACCUGCCCUGAGGUUCAAUGGAGGAGGUCACAUUAACCACACAAUUUUCUGGCAGAAUUUAUCUCCAGAUGGUGGUGAACCAUCAGGAGAACUGCUGGCUGCCAUUAACAGAGAUUUUGGUAGUCUUGAUGCAAUGAAAAGUCAGCUCUCAGCAGCUACUGUAGCAGUCCAGGGCUCAGGAUGGGGUUGGUUAGGAUAUAACAAGCAAAAGGGGGCACUCCAAAUUGCUACUUGUCCCAAUCAGGACCCUCUGCAAGCAUCAACGGGUCUUGUACCUUUGUUUGGAAUUGAUGUGUGGGAGCAUGCUUACUAUUUACAGUACAAGAAUGUUAGACCAGAUUAUGUCAAUGCAAUAUGGAAGGUAGCCAAUUGGAAGGACAUUUCAGCUAGAUUUACUGCUGCAAAGUGAGAAGCCCAUCAGAGCACAGCAUCAAUAUAAUUAUCUUAUUCACCAGUUGUCUUUCCUCCUAAUGAGUACUGUACAUAGCGCUAGUGAAAACGAGUAAUGUUCUCUUUAUUGUGCUAAGGAAAUUUUUAAAAAUUAGUAUUUUCAUUUUUGUUCAGAAAAGUAACAUACUGUUUGUUGUGCACAGCUGGGAAGCUUUUCAGAUGCAAGUUAAAGAAGCGAUUUAUAUUUUGAGAUUUCUGAAAUAGUAUUAAUACUGAAAUAUAUAUUACUGCUUUGUUUAGUCGAAAGCAUUUCAUGUACAAUAUCUAUAAUGUUAGGGAUCUCUAUCUGAAAAAUCAAAUUUAUUUAAUGAAUGAUGCAUAUUCUUUUAUGUAAUGUUUAUAACACUUGAUUGGUAUUAAAACUGACAAUACAAA